ACCGCCCCACAGCUUGGGGGUGGGAUGUGGGGGGAUGGAGGGGUUCAUUCUGACCCUGCUGAGCUCCACGCCGCUCCCAUUGCAGGCGAUGAGAUCUGCAUCAACGCCGACUUUGAGAACACCUGCUCCCGAAUCGUGGUGCCCAAAGCUGCCAUCGUGGCCAAGCACACUUACCUGGCGGGCGGGGAGACCAAAGUGUUCACCCAAAAGCUGUCGUGCGUGAGGGGGAACCACAUCAUCUCGGGAAUGUCGGAAAGCUGGAGAGGCAAAACCAUCCGUGUGCGUAAACUGAAGCCGUCCAUCCUGGGCUGCAACAUCCUGCGCGUGGAGUAUUUCCUGCAGAUCUACGUGAGCGUGCCGGGCUCCAAGAAAAUCAUCCUGGAGCUGCCCCUCGUCAUCGGCAGCCGCUCCGGCAUCGGCAGCCGCAGCUCCAGCAUGGCCAGCCAAGCCAGCUCCGAGAUGAGCUGGGUGGACCUGAACCUCCCCGAUGCUCCAGAAGCCCCGCCGUGCUACCUGGACAUCGUGCCCGAGGAUCACCGGCUGGAGAGCCCCACAACCCCGCUGCUGGACGACGAUGGUUUCGACAGCCCCAUCUUCAUGUAUGCGCCCGAGUUCAAGUUCAUGCCGCCGCCCACCUACACCGAGGUGAGGGGGGGGGGUCUCCCUGUGGGGGUCUCC